CACCGCGCCAGUGCUCGCGGGGCGUUUUUUCGACGCGGUUGUCCGUACGUUGCGUCGCGUCACGCACAAGUCUGUCUGUCCGUCGAGCGUCGAGUCGCGGUGUAUCCGACAGUGAUCGUUCGACUUCGGCCUAACACGGCGGGAUGAUCGGCGAGAGAGCGGCGGACUAUCUCGUUUCGCACGGCCUGUGCUAAUAUAUCGGAUUACUCAACAUCGCGCAACGAUUUCGAACGAGCUGAAACGAGGGCUCGCGAAACGUACCCGCGGCAAGCACAUAGGAAAGGUUCGGGCUCGGCGCUCCUUCCAGACGACUCCCUUCUUCCCUAAAAGAACGCGUUUUCCUCCUUCGUUUCGCGUUGUCGAGGCCAAGCGUCAAUUUAUGGAACGCUAUCGCGAAUUUUCCGAGAACGCGUGAUCGAUACGCACGUUCGAUGCUACGCGUGUAAAUAAUGCCGGCGAGAUCGCACGGCUACGAUUUAUGAAAAUCAUGAUCCUGUGACAGGAUAAGCUCCGAGUCCGUAGGAAGUGCAGUCUCGACGGUUUUCAGCUCGGCCUGAUUAUCCUUUGGCUUGACUUCUGAUUAAAAAGCAAAAAAAAACCGCAAAGGCAAAAGACAGAAUCGUGGGUGGACUUAAAACCUAUCGCUUUUCUCUACACGCUCUGUGCGGAAAAAUCUCGCUGGGCAGAUUCCUUUCGUAAGAACCGCACCCCGCGUGUCACUUCCACGUCGUCGUUACAUCUGGGAGGCUCCUCUUCUGCUUUUACGGCACGGGGCGGGGGUGAUGCUUUGCCUCCCCCGACGAUUCGGGAUUUAACUGUGCGAAAAUCGAGAGGCCACAUCGAUGCCGAAGUCGGCAACUAAGUGGAGAUUCUGGAGGAAGUCCAAGAGGGCCGUUCUCGAGGAGAACGACCAGAAGGAGUGCAAGCGCAAACGCUCGGCACCGCCUGUGGUAGUUACGCAGGUGAUCAGGCAGGACUACGAUCAAAUACCGGAACAAGAGACCGAGGAAACCAAGACGAGAAAGACGAUGGAGCAUCCGUUGAACAGUCGCCUAUCGCCAAAAGUUACGCCGAUCACGGACGAUUAUGAGAUCAGCAAUCACGUGCUGGGUCUUGGCAUCAAUGGGAAAGUCGUUCAAUGUUAUGACAGAAACACGAGGCAGAAGUAUGCUCUCAAGGUCUUGCAUGACUGCGCAAAGGCACGGAGAGAAGUCGAGCUUCACUGGAGGGCAUCUAACUGUAGGCACAUAGUUCAAGUAAAAGAUGUAUAUGAAAAUUCCUAUAGUGGAAAUAAAUGUCUACUAGUAAUUAUGGAAUGUAUGGAAGGCGGAGAGCUAUUCCAAAGGAUACAAGAUAGACAAGACGGUGCCUUUACUGAAAGAGAAGCUGCGCAAGUAAUGUACGAGAUUUGUGUCGCGGUAAAACAUUUACACGACAUGAACAUCACUCAUAGAGAUCUAAAACCUGAGAAUCUUUUAUAUUCUAAACCAGAUAUCACAGGAAUUUUAAAACUCACCGACUUUGGAUUUGCCAAAGAAACACAUUUAAAGGACACGUUACAAACGCCAUGUUAUACACCUUACUACGUUGCUCCAGAAGUCUUAGGACCAGAAAAAUAUGACAAGAGCUGUGAUAUUUGGUCACUGGGAGUAAUUAUGUACAUAUUAUUGUGCGGCUUUCCACCAUUCUACAGCAAUCAUGGAUUAGCGAUUUCUCCCGGGAUGAAAAAAAGAAUCCGAUUAGGACAAUACGAUUUUCCCUAUCCAGAAUGGGCGAACGUAAGCCAGGAAGCGAAGAACCUUAUCAAAGGCAUGCUAUGUAUUAAUCCAGCGGAAAGAUUGCAGAUCGACGAUGUGAUGCGUAACAAUUGGAUCGCUAAAUACACAGAAGUGCCCGCUACUCCUUUACACACUGGACGCGUUUUACGCGAAGGGGAGGAAAUGUGGCCCGAGGUACAGGAGGAGAUGACACGAUCGCUGGCAACGAUGCGAGUCGAUUAUGAUACGGCAUGCCUGAAGCAGCUUGAUCAUACGAAUAAUCCUCUGCUGAAUAAACGUCGACGUGCGAAGCAGUCCGCGAACAAUGCGACGAUCCCGCCGACUACUAGUCCUACGGCCGCCUCCUAGGAAGAGGACAGUGUAAGAACUAGACGGAACUGGACUUUUUUUUUACGAAGAUGCGUCAGAUACAGUAUGAUCGUAACGAGGAUCAUUCUCUGACUGUUGCAUUUUACGAAGCGAAAAUAAUUCCGGAGUAGGAUAGUAGUAUUGAAAGGCACUUAUAAAUUACAUUAUAUUGCACGCAUGCACUCCAUUACGCUUAUUAGCGUUUGAUCUAUUAAGAGCGAGAAACAGAAUUUUAUUGAACUAAAAACAAUAAGACACACAAGGACAAUAUUGCCCCAACGAAUAUAAGUAAAUACGAUGCCUUUUUAAUUAUCGAGCGACGAUAUCAUAGUCAUUUUUGACUGGAAAAAAUCCAUUUAAAAAUACGUACUGUUUUAUGAGAGAAAUAUGCUAUAUUAUCAUCAUAUAUAUAGAACGACUCAUAUAUAUAUUGAACGACUAUAUACAUAUAUGUCGGUAAAAGGUAAAUUAUGUUAUGGAGUAUCAAUGUCGUAAUGUUUGUCAUUAGUUCAAUUUUCGACAGAAAAUAAUUAUCUUUAUUUGAAUAUCUUUAGAAGCAUUAAAAAAAAGCUUGCCUAAAUCAUUGAAUAGUAUUGCUGAAUAUAUCUUCUCAUUCAAAUUCUAAAUUUGAUCAAUCAUAGCUAAGAAAAU